UCCGCAUUUUCUCUAUUGAAGAGAUCGAUCGUCUUCCCCAUCCUCUCUCUCUCACUCGCUUUCCCUAUCCAUCUACGACGCGCGCGCGGUUUCUCUCUAUACGUUUCAUCGCCUUCCCUCGGGCACAGUUUCAGCCGACUGCGGACAAUCUCAGCCGUUCAAACAUGGCCGAUGAGCUGACGGACGAACAGAUCUCUGAGUUCAAGGAGGCUUUCAGCUUAUUCGACAAGGAUGGAGACGGCUGCAUUACAACUAAAGAGUUGGGCACUGUGAUGCGUUCUCUUGGCCAGAAUCCAACAGAAGCAGAACUGCAGGACAUGAUUAAUGAAGUGGAUGCAGAUGGCAACGGAACCAUUGAUUUCCCUGAAUUCCUAAACCUCAUGGCUCGCAAAAUGAAGGACACUGACUCUGAGGAGGAACUUAGGGAGGCUUUUCGAGUCUUUGAUAAGGACCAGAAUGGUUUCAUCUCUGCCGCCGAGCUCCGCCAUGUUAUGACCAACCUGGGCGAAAAGCUCACCGAUGAGGAGGUUGAUGAGAUGAUCCGCGAGGCCGAUGUUGACGGCGACGGACAGAUCAACUAUGAUGAGUUUGUCAAGGUCAUGAUGGCCAAGUGAUGAAUUUAUGUUUGAAUCUUGAAACUAAUUCCAUUUCUCUCUGUGUUGGGUUUCUUCUGUUUGUAUCUGUAUGCAGCUUUAUUUUUUGCUGUUUUGUUUUAUUCUUAUUUCUUUUUGCAAACUUUUGCAGACUUUAAAGAAUGAGGAGUGCUCUGUUUAUAGUCCUGAAUUCUAAUAAUUUAUGGAGUAUGCUGUGUUUUGUUUUGGUUGCUA